UUUCGUGAUUUACUAACAAAGUUGUGUGCAAUAUUAACAACUGUGACUGCACAAUAAAUCAAACGAUAUCACUUUUCACGCUGCAUUAAUAUGACUCGCAUGCCCCCAGUCAAUGGAGCCGCCGUUUUACAACGGCCACGCCCAUUUUUUGCUGCUUGUACCUGACGCACUACGUAAGAUAGUACCCUGAAAAAGCUCAUAAAAAGUCAGAUUUUCACGUCGAAAUUUAUGUUGAGCUCCACGUAGGGGUCGGAUAUCGAAGUGAAGUGAACAUCGAAUUCUCUAUUUCGAGGUACGUUUUUCGUAUGAGGAGGAGGCGAGGUGGGGGGCCAGGCGAGGAGGCGGUGAAUAAAGGGGGUAGUGACGCGGCUACUUAUAAGCCUCAGUGCUGCGGAGCUCCGCGGUGAUUCUCGAAGUGACUCAAUCCACUUGGAGUUCGUAAGGCUUCGGUCGGCCGGCUCGUUCGCUGCAACGCCGCCGUCGCCACACAUGCGUUUUCACCCGGCCCCGCCGAAUUCAUGUCCACGGAGGACGCCCAAGGACUAAUUUUUACCUUGUUUGUUUUCCGACUUGUCGAAAGCACCACAGGUAAGCUGGGAAGCCCGAAGUGGACACCUGCUGCUCGUGUCGUCACGUUCUACUUUUUUUUCCCGGCUUGAAUGAACCUCCAUGUUGUCGGCCGCCUAGCUUCCCCACGGCGCCCCUCCAACAUGCCGCUCAGCUCGGCUCUGCUGAGUCGGAACUACGACAACGACUACGACUCCCUCCAGCCUUACUUCUACUACGACCACUCGGAGGAGGACUUUUACCCGCAGCAGCCGCAGCCCCCGGCGCCCAGUGAGGACAUCUGGAAGAAGUUCGAGCUUCUCCCCACACCGCCGCUGUCGCCCAGCCGUCGGCCGUCACUCACCGGCUUGCCCUACCCGUCUACUGCCGACCAGCUGGAGAUGCUCAGCGAGUUCCUGGGCGACGACGCCGUCAACCAGAGCAUCAUCUGCCACGCCGACUACUCGCAGACCUUCCUCCAGUCUAUCAUCAUCCAGGACUGCAUGUGGAGCGGCUUCUCGGCCGCAGCGAAGCUCAAGAAGGUGGUGUCGGAGCAGCUGGCCUCGCUGCACGCCACCCGGAGGCACUCGUCCUCCUCCUCCUCCUCCAACGCCGCCGCCGCCGCAGCCAGCCCUGCAACCGCCGCUCCCUCGGCGGAUGUUUCCCCUGCGUCUGCCACCUCAGAAUCCGUUUCGACGGGACCCGCUGCUGCGGCCGCCUGGAGGCUAAACAGCAGCUACCUGCAGGACCUCAAUACGGCGGCGUCCGAUUGCAUCGACCCGUCGAUGGUCUUCCCCUACCCGGUGGCCGAGACACCCAAGCAGGGCGAGCCACCCAGUCAGCACUUGGGGCUGGACACGCCGCCCAACAGUGGGAGCAGCAGUAGCAGCGACUCUGAAGAAGAUGAGGAUGAGGAUGAUGAUGAGGCGGCGGAAGAUGAUUACGGUGAAGAGGCGGAGGAUGAGGAGGAGAUCGACGUGGUGACCGUGGAGAAGCGGCAAGCAGUGAAGCGUUGCGACUGGUCGUGCGGCGGCCCCGCCGGCCCCCUGGUGCUCAAACGCUGCCAGGUCUCCACCCAGCAGCACAACUACGCAGCACACCCGGCGGGCAAGAGGCUCAAGAUGGAAGGUGGUGCAGUGUGCGGAGGCGCCAGCCAGAGCCGCGUGCUGAAGCAGAUCAGCGGCAACCGCAAGUGCUCCAGCCCACGCUCCAGCCCGUCGGACUCGGAGGAGCACGACAAGCGUCGGACUCACAACGUGCUGGAGCGCCAGCGUCGCAACGAGCUCAAGCUGAGCUUCCUGGCGCUGCGUGACCAGAUACCCGACGUGGCCAACAACCACAAGGCGGCCAAGGUGCUGAUCCUCCAGAAGGCGGCCGAGUGCGUCCGAGGCAUGCAGGCCGACGAGCGCCGCCUACUGUCGCUCAAGGAGCAGCUGAGGCGGCGAGGGCAGCUCCUCGCGCACAAACUCUCCGCGUUGCGCCACCAUCCCGUUUAAGUGGUGCUCGCCGCCGCUGUCGUCUUUAUUUGUUUGUUUGUUUGUUUGUUUUUUUAACACAGGCUGUACUGUACAGUUGUUUGCAUGCAGAUACAGAAGAAAAAAAGAUGCUUGGAAUCUGCUUUAAUUUCAAUGUUAAAACUGCCUCAAUUGAAGUUAUGGGUGGGUUCAGAUAUUUAAAGUUUAUUUUUAUUAAGAAAAUGUCAGGAAAAAUGCGGCCCUACGGUUUUAUAGCAGGGGCCCAAAUUAAAAUACAAUUUUUUUUAUGUUUUUGUACAUAUUAAUAUUUCAUAAGAAAAUGUAUUUUUGGAUCUCAAUUGUCUGGAUGUUCAGACCCUGUUUUUUUUUUUUGCAUUCUGCUCUUAGAUUCCCUUUUUGACAUAUAAAACCAACAAUGUUUCUUCUAAUGA